AUGAACUCUCUGAUCACUACCAGCAACAAGAGAAAAGCCGAAUCGUCUCUUUUGGGCCCAAUGAAGCACCCAUGCAGACCUAUUUCACCUUCGAGAGAUCUGUCGUAUGAAGAAUUUGAGCUUCUUGAUAAUCGAACACGAAAGAAGUAUUUUGAUUCUAUGCGCAAAUGGACUAAUGACUGGGAAUCCUUCAAAAAAGCGGGUCCUCGCAUUGAUAUCAUGGUCCUUCAACACCACGACAGGGAUAAUCGCCUGACCUCGGAGGAACAAAGCAAUGCCAACAGUGUGGACAUGAUGCUGAAGGAAAUCUGGCGGCUCAAAGGUUUGCCAGUGAAUGUAGAUUCAGAGCACCGGAGUUCAAGAGCAAACGAACGAAAAACCCGCUGGUAUGAUGAUGACCUUCGAUGGAACCAAGACGAGUGUCAUUUUGAACUUGAAUGCUCCCAGCGACCUUACCGCCAUGCCGUGGAUAUGGAUGGGGCAUUGAGCCAAUAUGGGCUUUGCAAACAUAUAUCUUCCUCUCUUCUUUGGUAUCGCCUCAAUAUCUUUACGAAGUCUCCAAUUACCACCGAUACCGACAAUUAUAAACAGGCUUGGGAUAUGCAGUUUCACCAUUUGGACGGUGCGAGUACUCUCAGAGUCUGGAAUAGCAAGGGAGCCCCCAGAGCAGUCUUCGACGGCUUGGAGAAGUCACAAAUUGACGCUCAAAAAUUUCUGAAUUUCUUGACCAUGUUCAAGUUUCCCCAUACCUAUGACGGAGUGAUAGCUGGCACGGUGGCGUAG